AUGCCUCCCCAACAGAUUAAACAAGAUCUUAACCGGUCCGGUUGGGAAAGCACCGACUUCCCUUCGGUUUGCGAGAAUUGCCUCCCGGACAACCCAUAUGUACAGAUGCUGAAGGAGGACCACGGCGCAGAAUGCAAAAUUUGUACGCGUCCGUUUACCAUUUUCCGGUGGAAAGCCGAUCGCACCGCACGCACGAAGCGCACCAGCAUUUGCCUGACAUGCGCCCGCCUAAAGAACUGUUGCCAGUGCUGCAUGCUCGAUUUGUCAUUCGGCCUGCCCAUCGUCGUCCGUGAUGCUGCCUUGAAAAUGGUUGCUCCGGGGCCCCAGAGUGACGUCAACCGCGAAUACUAUGCCCAAGAACAUGAGAGGGAAAUCGAGGAAGGACGCGGUGCUGUGGAGGAAUACGAGAAGACGGAUGAGAAAGCACGGGAGCUGCUCCGCAGGCUUGCGAACAGUGAGCCUUAUUACAGGAAGCCCCGGCGGCUGGAAGCUCCUCCGGGUAAUGAAGAGGAAGCCGAGGCACCGUCGUCGGAGGCGCCUCAAGUACGCAGCCGUUACGGGAACGGCCCCGGACCUAUUCGGACAAGCGAGAGCAGAAGGGGAACGCCCUUGCCUGGCCGUGGAGGAGUUCGUGGAGGUCGUGGUGGCCGCGGUGGCCGGUCGUUCCCUAGUACCGCACAACUUCCACCAUCGGCGGAGGACAUUCUCCCUCCUGCGGAUCCCAACGUCACCUCGCUCUUUGUUUCCGGUGUCGAGGACGAUCUUCCAGAACAUACAUUGCGCACAUUUUUCACGCAGUUUGGCCAACUCCGGUCUCUCGUCUGCUCCCACCGCUCUCAUUGCGCAUUUGUCAACUAUCUUACUCGCGCUAGCGCCGAAGGCGCCGCGGCACAUUGCCAGGGCAAGGCUGUCGUAAAUGGUUGCCCUCUGCGCAUCAAGUGGGGAAAGCCUAAGCCUUUGGAUAACAUGAGCAACGAAGAGCGUAUUAAGAAUGCCCGUGAAGGAAGACAGACUGCCGGUGCCAUCCGAGGCGGGCAGCCGGAGAAGAAGGCUAUCACUUCUGGUGAAGAUGCCGCACAGCAAGAGACCCCUCGCAAUUUCGCCGUGGCCCCGCCCCCUGGAAGCAGCGAGGUUCAAUAUUCGAGUUUGCAUGGCGACUAA